CAGGUGGAACGACAACAAAAUCAAAGUACCAGAGUCCAAAUUAGAAAAUAGUCAAGGGUUUCUAGAUUAUGUGAUAUAAUUGACAAGGAACUCGGUGAGAACUAUAACGUUUCCCUUUAAUAUUAAAAAAGGUCUCUCUGUAGCUUUAAAUGAAUCUAUUAAAAAAGCCGUACAUAACUUUUAAUGAAUAUAGAACUUGAUGUAUUAUACUUUCCAUCUGCCAAGGAAUAAAUACAUGACAAGCUAUACAAUGGGGAAAUAUUGCAUUUCUGACGUGUAGUAAGAGUGGGGACGGUAAAACGGCGUAUACAAGCCUAAAUUAGCCAUUUCUAGCAGGCUACAGGUGCCAAAAUUAAAACAUUUGCCGUUACAGAUUUGCUAAGGUCCGGAUUUUUGAUGAAAUAGUAGAAGUAACACCUUUUGCUCUGUUUUAAGGUUACAAGUUCUGAGUGUUUGGUGAAACUCUGGCAAACUCCAGAUGUGGGAUCUACAUUUGUGUAGUAUUUUGGCUUUCGGGCAUAUCCGUGUGGAUUUUUAAGCAUCAACUUCUCCUAAUCACGUGUGAUUUCCUUUCGGGGGCUGUAAGGGAACUGAGAAGCCGCCUUUCCGAGCCGGGUCUGAACGUAGGACCGCGAGCCCUGCACUCACUCCACCAUUCAGGGUGCUGCUCCCCUGGGACACCCCCACAGGCUCCGGACAGAGCCCUGCUUCCUCUCUCCCGAAGCACCCGCCGGACUUUGCAAAAGGCGGUGUAAGUUUCCUGCUACACGCAUUGGGUCCGCCGAAUCGCCAUCUCGCUCUCUCUGAUAGGGGCUGAUUAGCAAAGGAGGACUUGGCCGGGGACCUGAGCAUGGCUGGAUUUUCUCCCGAGCUGCACCAGCGGAGAAUGCACCGCACAUAAAACCCAGCUAAGCCCCGCGCGGCGAAUCCUAGCCGGAGCCGACGAAAGGAGGAAGCGACUGAGGCGAGACAAGCAGGAAGCGAGCUGGUGGGGUGGGCAGCUCUGGGGGCUGGCAGGUGUCUCAGCUCAACGCCAGCAGGGAUGGACAGCGCCUCUGGACUCAGCCGGCGCUGGGACACAGCGCUCCUGCGGCUGCAGGUGCCCGUACACCGGCUUGGCUCUCUCUGCUGCUAAAAGGGCGGCGCUCCCUAAUCUCUCUCUCCCCCUCCUCCCCUCUGAUUUAUUUAUUUUAUUGUUUUGGGUGGACGGAAAGUAACCCCCCUCCAUGCAACUGCAAACAGGGACGGUGGCGUCAUUCCGCUCCGGAAUUUGAGAUCUCACCAGCGACUUCAAUACGAUUUAAUUUCUUUUUUCUUACACAAAUAAGAGUGUAACUUUCCGGAGGUUUUGAUUUAAAUCAUGGGCACGGAGAUCGGGGGCCAGGUGAGAGAUUUUCUGUAUUACGCCAAAUAACCGCGGAGAUGGUCCCGAGUGGGUUGGAAAUACUUUGGACAGAGCUCUGAGAGGAGAUCCGAAGUGUACAAGCUCUGCAACGUUUCUGCAACUGAGAGCAGAUCGCCUAACGCUGGCAUAUUGGCAAACAAAUAUCACUUGCUGUGCCAUAGCACAUGGAUUUCAGGACCUCCUGUGAAGAGACAAAGACAGGGAUUUGUUUGCUGCAGGAUGGUAAUCAGGAGCCUUUCAAAGUGCGACUGCACUUAGCCAAAGAUAUUUUGAUGAUCCAGGAGCAGGAUGUGAUCUGUGUGUCUGGUGAGCCUUUCUAUUCUGGUGAAAGAACGGUAACAAUUAGAAGACAAACUGUAGGAGGAUUUGGAUUAAGUAUAAAGGGUGGAGCAGAGCAUAAUAUCCCAGUGGUCAUUUCCAAAAUUUCCAAAGAACAAAGAGCUGAACUCUCAGGUUUGCUCUUUAUAGGAGACGCAAUUUUACAGAUUAAUGGAAUUAAUGUAAGAAAAUGCAGGCAUGAAGAAGUGGUUCAAGUUCUUCGGAAUGCAGGAGAAGAAGUGACCCUAACAGUGUCCUUUCUGAAAAGAGCACCUGCUUUUCUCAAAUUGCCUCUGAAUGAAGAUUGUGCGUGUGUCCCUAGUGACCAAAGCAGUGGCACAUCAUCUCCCCUCUGUGACAGUGGUUUGCAUCUCAACUACCAUCCCAACAAUACGGAUACGCUAUCAUGUUCCUCAUGGCCAACAUCACCAGGGCUUAGGUGGGAGAAGAGAUGGUGUGAUCUCCGAUUAAUCCCGCUCCUUCAUUCCCGUUUUUCCCAGUACCUCCCAGGAUCAGAUUUGUGCAGGCAAAAUGCAUUCCAGGUAAUUGCUGUGGAUGGAGUUUGCAGUGGAAUAAUUCAGUCUCUCUCUGCUGAAGACUGUAUGGACUGGCUACAAGCAAUAGCAACUAACAUUUCCAACCUCACAAAGCACAAUAUAAAAAAAAUCAACAGGAAUUUUCCCGUAAACCAGCAGAUAGUCUAUAUGGGCUGGACAGAAGAACGGGAACAAGACUCCCUUCAGGACCGAAUGUACACACCAAAGUUCCUAGCUCUGAGGGGUUCCUCUCUUUACAAAUUUAUAGCACCUCCAGUCACCACGUGGGAUUGGACACGAGCUGAAAAAACGUUUUCAGUUUAUGAGAUCAUGUGCAAAAUUCUCAAGGACAGUGAUCUGUUGGAUCGUCGGAAACACUGCUUCGGUGUCCAAUCUGAAUCUGGAGAGGACCUCUACUUUUCCGUGGAGUUAGAGUGUGACCUAACCCUGUGGGAAAAAGCCUUCCAAACAGCAACUUUUUUAGAAGUUGAACGAAUUCAGUGCAAGACAUAUGCCUGUGUUUUGGAGAGUCAUCUUAUGGGGCUUACCAUUGACUUUGGCAUGGGCUUUGUCUGUUUUGAUGCUGCCACAAAGGCUGUGCUUUGGAGGUACAAGUUUUCCCAGCUUAAAGGAUCUUCAGAUGAUGGCAAGAGUAAAAUCAAAUUUUUGUUCCAAAAUCCAGAUACUAAGCAGAUUGAAGCAAAGGAGUUGGAAUUUUCCAAUCUGUUUGCAGUCCUUCACUGCAUCCACUCAUUCUUCGCUGCCAAAGUGGCUUGUUUGGACCCAUUGUAUGUAGGCAGUCAAGCCGCCACAUCUGCUGUUGCCACAACUUCUGGUACUGGCAAAUCAAAGUAUACUACUUGACAACUUGCAUUUCAGCACUGCCACUUAACAACGGUACAUAACAAUGUAUAAAUAUUCAUCAAAUUUAGACCUUUGGGGAACUGCGAACAUGGAAACCAAUCCAAAAGGCAAGCCAUGCUGCAGUUUCAGCAGAAAAAUGGUCACAUGGGAUCAUACAUUCAUCUCUGUUCUGCAACUCCAGUAAAUAAUCCUAGCUGAAACCCUGGAAUAGGAUGGAUAUGCUUUUAGUAUGAUCUAUUUGUACUUACAUAGUGCUUUAAGCAACACUGGAGGCAAAAGGAAAACAAAUGACACAGUGAAGCACUUAAGUAUUUAAUAAAAUUUUCAGCUGUCUGUAAUAAUACACAAUUAGAAUUGUCAUUUACUUG